GCAUUAUCUCAUCGCGCUUAAAUGCAACCUCUGUCGUCAACCAUUUCACGCAAAACUUUCAUCCUCGGACGACAUACCAUGGCCGACGCCUCCUCCUCUCUCCCUCUCCUCUCUUCUCUUCUUAUCCCUCUCUUCCUCUUGUCCGCACUCCUGUCAUGGCGAUGGACCAAGAGUGUUCGCAAAAACCUCCCGCCGAGCCCCCCUUCGUUCCCCAUCAUCGGCCACCUCCACCUCAUCGCCAAGCUCCCGCCUCAUCGCGCCUUGGCUGCCAUCGCCGCCGCCGGCGGCCCCGUCGUACUUCUCCGCCUCGGAUACCGCCCCGUCCUCCUCGUCUCCUCCGCUCCCGCCGCGGAAGAGUGCUUCACUACUCACGACGUCGCCUUCGCCAAUCGCCCCAACCUCCUCGUCCCUCAGAUGUUAGGCUUCGUCUGCACAACCAUGGGCUUUACCCCCCACGGCCCCCACUGGCGCGACCUCCGACGCAUCUACGCCGUUCACCUCUUAUCCUCGGCCGCCCUUCGCUCCUCCUCCGACUCACGGACCCGCGCGGUCCGGUCGCUCGCUAAGGCCCUCUUCCUCCAGCCCGGAGAUUCUGAGCCGGACGGUCCGCGGCGGGUGGAGAUGAAGUCGAGGUUCUUCAAUCUGGCGUACGACGUGAUUAUGACGAUGGUGAGCACGGCCCUCAAGGAGGGAUCCGCGGAGGAGAGGCAGCGUUUCCGGGAGAUAGUGCAGGAGACGUCUGCGGUGAGCGGGGCGGCAAACGUGGCGGACUUCUUUCCGGCGCUGCGGAGGCUGGGGUGGCGCGGACCGGAGAGGAAGCUCGCGAGGCUCCAGCGGACCAGAGACGCACUUAUCGGAGAACUGAUCGAGCGUCAUCGCGUCCGCCGGCGUCGGAGUGGCAGCAACGGAGAGGCAGCGGCGGCGAUAGGGAACGGAGAUAAGGGGAGGGCAACGGUGAUCGACGUUAUGUUGUCUUUGCAGGAGAGCGAUCCGGGAACUUACACCGACGUCACCAUUAAGGGCCUCAUUGCGGAAUUACUGGCAGCAGGAACAGACACGUCGGCCGUCACCAUGGAAUGGGCCAUGUGCCUCCUGCUCAUCCACCCCGAAGUCCUGCACGCGGCGAGGGCCGAGCUCGAUGCCAAGAUCGGCCAAGGGCGGAUGGUGGAAGAAGAAGACAUCCCCAAUCUCCCCUACCUCAACUGCAUCAUCUAUGAAACCCUCCGUCUGUACCCCGCUGUGCCGCUCCUGGUGCCCCAUGAGUCUUCCCAGGACUGCACCGUCGGUGGCUACGACGUGCCUCGCGGCACGAUGCUUUUGACGAACGCGUGGGCCAUCCACAGGGACCCUAACACAUGGGACGAACCCGAGGAGUUCAAGCCGGAGAGGUUCCAGUGCGAGGGAGGGAAGGAGGAGGCAGGGCUUAGGAUGCUUCCGUUCGGGUCCGGGCGGCGCAAGUGCCCCGGGGAAGCCCUCGCCAUGCGAGUGAUCGGGCUGGCACUCGCGACCUUGAUCCACUGUUUCGAGUGGGAGAAGCUUCCGGGGGAGGAGGUGGACAUGACUGAACGGCCGGGGCUAUCCAUGCCAAAGGUAAAGCCAUUAGAAGUCGUGUGCACGCCACGCCACACCAUGCUUCAUGCCCUUUCACAGCUCUCAAUCAUUUCGCGCAAACCUUUCAUCCUCGGACAACAUACCAUGGCCGACGACGACUCCUCUCUCCCUCUCCUCUCUUCUCUUCUUAUCCCUCUCUUCCUCUUGUUCGCAUCCCUGUCAUGGCGAUGGACCAAGAGUGUUCGCAAGAACCUCCCGCCGAGCCCCCCUUCGUUCCCCAUCAUCGGCCACCUCCACCUCAUCGCCAAGCUCCCGCCCCAUCGCGCCUUGGCUGCCAUCGCCGCCGCCCGCGGCCCCGUCGUACUCCUCCGCCUCGGAUCCCGCCCCGUCCUCCUCGUCUCCUCCGCUCCCGCCGCGGAAGAGUGCUUCACCGCCCACGACCUUGCCUUCGCGAAUCGCCCCCGCCUCCUCGCCGCUCAGAUCCUAGGCUACGACUGCACAACCAUCGCCUGGUCCCCCUACGGUUCCCACUGGCGCAACCUUCGCCGCAUAUCCGCCGUCCACCUCUUAUCCACGGGCGCCCUCCGCUCGUCUUCCGACUCACGGACUGGCGUGGUCCGGUCGCUCGCGAAGGCUCUCUUCAUCGAGGGCGGCGAUUCGGGGCCGAACGGCCCGCGGCGGGUGGAGAUGAAGUCCAGGUUCUUCAAUCUGGCGUACGAUGUGAUGAUGGGGGUGGUGGCCACGGCCGUCGUGGGGAAGUCCGCGGACGAGAGGCAGCGAUUCCGGGAGGUGGUGGAGGAGACGUUUGCGGUGAGCGGGGCGGUAAACGUGGCGGACUUCUUUCCGGCGCUGCGGAGGCUGGGGUGGCGCGGGCCGGAGCGGAAGCUCGCCAGGAUCCAGCGGAGCAGAGACGCACUAAUCGGAGAACUCAUCGAGCGUCAUCGCGUCCGCUGGCGUCGGAGUGGCAGCAACGGAGAGGCAGCGGCGGCGGUAGGGAACGGAGAUAAGGGGAGGGCAACGGUGAUCGACGUUAUGUUGUCUCUUCAGGAAAGCGAUCCGGGAACUUACACUGACGUCACCAUUAAGGGCCUCAUUGUGGAAUUAUUGGGAGGUGGAAUAGACACGACGGCCGUCACCAUGGAAUGGGCCAUGUGCCUCCUGCUCAUCCACCCCGAAGUUCUGCACACGGCGAGGGCCGAGCUCGAUGCCAAGAUCGGCCAAGGGCGGAUGGUGGAAGAAGAAGACAUCCCCAUUCUCCCCUACCUCAACUGCAUCAUCUAUGAAACCCUCCGGCUGUACCCCGCUGUGCCGCUCCUGGUGCCCCAUGAGUCUUCCCAGGACUGCACCGUCGGUGGCUACGACGUGCCUCGCGGCACGAUGCUUUUGACGAACGCGUGGGCCAUCCACAGGGACCCUAACACAUGGGAUGAACCCGAGGAGUUCAAGCCGGAGAGGUUCCAGUGCGAGGGAGGGAAGGAGGAGGCAGGGCUUAGGAUGCUUCCGUUCGGGUCCGGGCGGCGCAAGUGCCCCGGGGAAGGCCUCGCCAUGCGAGUGAUCGGCCUGGCACUCGCGACCUUGAUCCACUGUUUCGAGUGGGAGAAGCUUCCGGGGGAGGAGGUGGACAUGACCGAAGGGUCCGGGCUAACCAUCCCCAAGGCAAAGCCAUUGGAAGUCGUGUGCAUGCCGCGCCAAACCAUGCUUGAUGCCCUUUCACAGCUCUGA